AUGUUUGGAACGGAAUUGAGAGGGAAAUGGCUGGCGUGGGCCAUCACCGCCGCUUCUUGUCAAGGCUUCUUGCUCUUGGGUUAUGAUCAAGGGCUCAUGAGUGGCAUCAUCGGCGCAGACAACCAGUUUGGCCGGGACUUUAACUCUCCCGAUGCGAAUAUGCAAGGCAUUAUCACUUCGAUUUACGAUAUUGGCUGUGCAGCCGGCUCCUUGUUCUCGUUCUUCUUUGCUGAGCACUACGGGAGGAAGAAGAUGAUCAUCGCCGGAGGAACCGUAAUGAUCCUUGGCACCAUCAUAUUAACCAGUUCGACAACCAUUGCUCAGCUGUUGGUAGGGCGGAUUGUGACAGGCAUCGGUAACGGGUUCAAUUCCUCGAACAUUCCAUCCUACCAAUCCGAACUUUGCAAACCAAAGAACCGCGGAAAGCUCCUCAGCGCCCAAGGAACCGUCACCAUCGUUGGUCUUUGCAUUGCCUAUUGGGUUGACUUUGGUCUAUCCUACGUAGACGGGCCUGUCCAAUGGAGGUUCCCGGUCGCGUUCCAGGCGUUCUUCGCAAUCUUCCUCGUCCUCCAAAUGCUACCCCUUCCGGAGACACCCAGAUUCCUGAUCGAGAAAGACCGUACCGCCGAAGCCGCACAAGUUUUAGCCCGCUUAGAUGAUACAACUAUUCAGGACGAAGAAGUGCUCGAGGUGGUACAGACUAUUCAAGUUUCCAUCGAAAAAGAGAACCAAGGUGGCCCGUUCCAAUACAAGGAGCUCUUGCAAGGCGGACCCACUGGAAACUUCCGCCGUAUACUCAUUUGUAUGGCCGUGAACGUAAUGCAACAAUGGACGGGCUCGAACUUCAUAAACUACUAUGCGCCAAUGGUCUACCAGGAGAAUAUGGGUGUUGGUCGAACUUUGUCGUUGAUUUUGGGUGGAUGUACUUCACUGACCUACCUCGUCGGCAGCUUUAUCCCUCUAUGGACCGUUGACAGGUUCGGGCGCCGCGCGCUCCUUAUGACCUCGGCCGCCGGCCUAUGUUUCUGCUUCUCCAUGGCCUCGAUCUUGCUGAGCGUCGGCGGCCAGUCAUGCGCCUACGGCGCCACAGCCAUGGUCUUCCUCUUCCAGAUCUUCCUUGGCUUCGGGUGGCUGCCAAUUCCAUGGUUCUAUCCUAGCGAAAUAACUACGACCCGCAUCCGAAGCAAGGGCCAAGCGAUAGGCAGCUUCAUCAACUGGAUGUGCGUCUUCGCCGUCGUGCAGAUCACGCCCAUCGCCACCGAGAACAUCAAAUGGCGGACGUUUGUCAUCUUCGCCGUUUUCUGCUUCCUCUGGAUCCCGAUCGUCUAUCUUUUCUUCCCUGAGACGAGCGGGUUGGAGCUGGAAGAUCUAGACUACUUGUUCCAGAAGGGCGGGCUUACGGGAGGCGUGUGGAGCUCUAAAGGCGGCCGUACGGUUAUGAAGCGCACGGGGAGAGAGGAGGCUGGCGUCGAGGGUGGGUUUAAGGAUCCCGAUCGUGCGGUGUCGGAGAUCAGAGAGGAGGACACGAAAACCUAAGAUGGUAGAUGGCGCUGAAUAUUGUCGGGUACUUAUCUAUAGAG